AUGUCAAAGUCGGAGCCAUCAAGCCUAAAAUCAAUAGCUACUAUAAUCUGCAGUGAAGCUAUAUUAAACCUAUAUGAUGAUGGCAAAGGAGAUAGUAGAAAUUAUUUAAUUCAAACCUUAUUAUCAGAUGAUUAUGGUGACAUAGCCUUAUCAAUACUUGAAAGAAUCAUAAACUUUUACCCUUCAUUCCUGACUGAUGAAUUACUCUUCACUCUGAUACCGGAACUUUGCAAGAAAUUAAGACUUGGGAAAUGUCAGCAAAUAACAGGAUGCAAUCUGUUGAAAGUUGUACAAAAGUGCCAGUUGUUAGAGAUAUUUGAUAUAGGUGGAUGUGAACAGUUAAUGUUGCCAGCAUUAUUUAGUGUUCUUGGUGGAUUAUUGUUAAAUUUAACAACAGUUGAUAUUAGUGAUUGUAGAACUAUCACAGAUGAAAUUGUACAGGAUCUGUUAAAAAGUUCAAGAUCAUUGAAUCAUUUGAAUGUUUCAAACUCUGACAGCCUUACUGAUGAUGCCUUUCUUUUAGAUUUAGAAUCUCAGGAUAUGAAUCUUAUUAUUUCACAGCAUCGACGUAUUGACGUGUCUGGCGUGUUUACUGACGUGUUUGACGUAUAUACUGACGGGUCUGACGUGUUUACUGACGUACUGACGUGUGACGGAGACCUUACUCUUGAGGUACUUUACAGUGGUGAAUAUGAUAUGAGGUUACAGUUAACUGUUGAAGAUAUUGAAAUAUUGAAGAGAUAUGGUGAAAGUGAAACUGAAGUUGAUAUCUACACAGCUCACACUAUUCUCACUGGCAUGAUGUAUAACUUUCGAGAAGUUUCAACGGGGGACAAAUCAGGCCAUCGAUUGUGGAUUGAAGAACAACUUGGAUUUUCUCUAGAAAAACUUGUCCAAAUCAUGAUAGUGGUUGUUUUAAUGGCUGGAAUUUGUGCUUUAUUUAUCUACCUUAAGUUUAGUGUCAAACAACUCUUUAUAAUUGUCUUUGUCUUUCUAUUCUUCACAAGUUGGCUACUUACAUGGUACACAUUGUGUAAG